AUGUCGGCAACAAAGGUAAGUUAUUUCUUUGAUUGAAAAGAUAAGAGUGAGAACUUUCAAGCGCACGUCUACCACUCGAUCAUCGUCUAAAAAAGAAGAGGAACCGAAAUACGAAGACGAGGAGCAAUUGGAAAUGGAUGAAGGUAUUUCGGAAAGGGAGAUUUUUUUUUUCAUGGAAAGUUUUAGAUUCUUCCGCGGCUCCGAGUGAAACGAGGGAAAGUAGCGAGGUUCCACCGGCAGCGGUGAAAAUAAUAAAUGAUGGAGAAAAUAAAAAAAAAUUUGCAGCAAAGACGCUCGAAUCGACAGCGGAUCAAGAGAAAACGGUCGGAUAGUGAUUCCAAUGAUGAAGAUACUUUUCCAGGAGAUCGCAGAAGUGGGAAAUAUCCUGAAAUAUUCAAUCAAAGAGGACAUUUUCAGCAACUGGACGCCUUCUAUCAAAGUCCCAAAAAACGAUCCAAGUUGGCGAUGAACAUCAAGCCAAGUUGAAUGAAGAGGAUCCAACUUCUGAUGAAUCUUUCGCUAGCGUUGAUUCCGAUCGAGAUGAAGUAUUUUAGUUCAGAAAAUGAAAAAUAUAAACUAGCUUUUCAGUUAAUUUGGACCUUUCCGGAAAACUUGGACCCCGCGGCCGUCGAUAAUUUCUGCGAGAAUGCGCUGGUAGCAAAAAAUAUGCCAAUUGAUCGGGUGAUAAAUUAAAAAGUUAAUAUUUUUACAAUAUAUUCAAUUUUCAGUCUCUGUUCAUUUUGAUGAAGAGCAAGUACAAUUUCGACAUAGCCACGGAUCAGGUUAUUUUAAAAGUUGAGAUUUCGACAAUCUUCAAUAUUAAGUUGGAAAAACGGCGUUGGAUAACCGAUGAAUGGACGCCAGAGGAGGAAAAUUUGUUCAAAACGGCUUUUUACAGCUACGGAAAGCGUUUUGAUAGAAUCCGAGCUUUGGUAAAAUCCUAACUGAACAUUUAUUUUGUAAUAAUUAUUUUUUCAAGAUUCCCUACCGCCCAAUGGCUUCCAUUAUUCAACACUAUUAUAACACGAAGAAGGAAAUGUCUUACAAAAGUUCGAUCGACGCGAAAAUGGCCGAUUUGGUCGACGACGAUGAUACCGAGUAAAAAAUUAUUAAUUGAUGAAAAAAAAGAUUUAUUUUUGAAGUUCGGAAGAUGAAUUGGAGUAUGUGACGGGAGCUUGUGAACAUUGUGCCGAGAAAGUUUCGAGGCUUGAGGUUUGAUUUUGUUUUAAAUUUAAAUUUUGAAUUGGAAAGGAGUCUUAUGAAAAGUGCUUUUUCUUCAAAUUUUUUUAUCUUUUUCCGCUAUAGUCGCAUUUUUUUAAAGGCUUUAUUGUUAAAAAAAUAGCGAAAAAUGAACUUUUUUCGAACUUUUUUUAAAAUCGUCUAUCAAAAACAGCUGGGAGAGUUUCUGGUUUUGAGUGAGCCAUUAGCUUUUAAAGAAAGUUCUUAUAAAUAAAAAAAUCACUAUUUCAAAUUAAUAUAAAUUUUUUUCUUGCAGGAAAACCACCUGACGGGCAAAAUGGAGUGCACGGUCUGCGUAACCUACAUGAAAAUGACGAAAAUGCCAAGACCGGUGAACCUUCGAAGCACGAUUGACAAUGUCCGCCAGUCCAACUGCAUUUGUCCCACUGGUUCGUUCAUCAAGUACACGUUCUCCAUCUUUCUCGGUUUGAGACGCUGGGGGCGGAAUUUAGAGGGUGUUUGUGAAUUAUAAAUUUUUAACAAGGAGUUUCAGUCAUGUUUUCAAUGCUAAAAAGGCACAUUUUUUGAUAAUUUUUCUGGAAACUUUGCCAGGUUAUGAAACAGAAAAAUGUGCGAAACUCAAAAAAAUGCUGUCACUGAGUAUCGCUUUUUUUUAGUGAUGCAGUCGAUUGCCGACGAUUUCUUAAGCAUGGCCAGGAUCCUGGACGAGGACGGAAACCCGAUCGAGGAUCCCUCGGACAGCGAUUCCAAACAAGACGUCGAAGAAAUGGUGCGAGCGGGAGCUCCUCUGUACGACGAGCACGAAAAACGAGAGGAGCCGAGAAAGGAGCAGCCAGACCCGGAGGCCGGCUCCGAAGAAGCGACGCCCGAAAAAGUCGUCCCGAACGUCUCGGUUGUUCGCCGGCGGAAGACCGUCUGCAUGAAGGCUAUCGAGUGAGCUGGAUUUUCUGAUUUGUCGAGAUGACAUCUGAGAAAACCACAAUUACUGGGGCUUGAUAGAUAUGUUCAUAAUUGGUUUAAGACAAGGAUUUCGUAGUUAUGUGAAGAAUACUUUUGCGACCUGAAAAAAACUUUCCUUUCUAUAAAUUUUGUCUGUGGUUCUUUAAACACCGUAGAGAUUGAUCAGUAUAAAACAGGUUCAGGUUUCUUAGAAUAUUGAGGCCUUUCAAUUUUCAAAGCUGAAGUUUCGUAUUCUAUUCUGAUCAAUAGUAGGAAUUUUCAGAGAAAAAAACGUUUUUUCAAAGCUUGAAAAAAAGAAAUAAUAUGAAUGAUCAAAAAUAUGCGAGUUCAAUACUAAACUUCUUUGAUUUUCAGGGAAACGAAGAAAAUGAUCGAGCGGAAGCAUUUCGAGAACGCUCAACUAGAAAGAGUCUUCCGAAGAGUCAAAUACGAGUCUCUGAAGGCCAGCGUCGCCGCCGCCAAGUUGGUUUUAUUUUCCCAAAAUGUGUCACAAUCAUUAACUCCGUUUGUAAAGAGAUGAUUAUGUUCUAAGAGCCUCAAAAACCCGAAAAAACAAGAAAAAACUAUUCAAUACAAACUUUUCCAGAGAACGCAUGGACCGAAUCUUCCGUGCCGAUGAUGAAAUCACUGGAACUCCUCGGAGUUUUUCGAGAAGUUACUCAAAAGUCAGCCCGACUUGGUCUGAGAAAGAACGUGGCGACGCCUUGUUAUGUUGGUCUUUGAUUUGUUUGAAGAAGAUUGCCUUUUUUUAUCAAGGUCGCGGCUUUGCGAUUCAGAUCACGUUCGAUGAAAAUUUCAGCGGAAAUGAUGAAUAACUUUAUGUAGAUAGAAGUUGGAGGAAAAAUUUGGGAUUUUGAGAUUAUUUGUGAUUUAAACUUUUUGAAAAUCACAUUUCUGAAGUUCGAAUGAUUCAAGUUCAAACUGAGAUAUGAACUUGGUUUCAAAGAAGAGUACAAAAAAAGCAGACAAUUAGUAAAAAAAUUUAUUCUUUUUUUCUCAGAGAAAUUCAGAGUGAAAAAGAUGAUUUUCGCGACAGGAUAGAGUUGGAAUUUUCUAGAAAAUAAUAUUCUUUCUUUUUCUUAGAACCGAAAAAUUGCAGGCUUCAUGCGUUACGGUGAGAAUUUUGCGGCCGUUGCCGAAGUGAUUGGAACGAAGUCGGUGGAUAUGAUCAGAAGCUUCUAUUCUAAUGUUAAAGCAGAUCUAGAGCAUGUUGGUUCUUCAAUUAAAGUCCAAACAUUAAGAAUUUUUUUCAGGUUGUUAAAAAGUUGGACGAGGAAAUUGAGACGAAAGCCCCGAAGUUAGAGCCGAAUGACGUCAUCCGGCCAGUCGAAACUAUUGAAAUGAUUGAUUGA